AUGGAUGAUGUGAGGUCUAUUCUGUCUGAUGCAUCCAGUCCAAAACCUGAUGUGAACAUGGAUUUGGUGACAGCUAUUGGUAGGCUAGUGGACAAAUGUUGUCAGGGGCCCACUGAUGGGCCUAGUUACAGAAAGUUGAGACUGUUUUCGGGACUGAAACCUGUCCCAGCGGGUGAAGAGGAGUAUGACGCCUGGAUGGAACAGGCUACCCAAAUGAUUAGUGAAUGGCAAUGUAGCGAUGCAGUUAAGAAACAGCGCAUUGUGGAAAGUUUGAAGGGACCUGCUGCUGACAUUGUCAGAUUUUUAAAGGUCAGCAAUUCCUUGGCUACUGCCACUGAUUACUUAACUGCUUUGGAGACGGCGUAUGGCACGACAGAGAGUGGGCCAGAUCUCAUGGCCAAAUUCAGGCAUACUUACCAAGAAGAUGGAGAAAAGCUGUCAGUGUUCUUGUAUCGACUUGAUAAGCUACUGCACCGAGCGUUGUUAAAAGGGGGCAUUGGCGCUGAAGGCAUGAAUAAAGCACGAAUGGAGCAAUUGAUUAAAGGUGCUCUACCCAAUGACAUGGUUGCUUUGCGUGUUCGAAUAAGUCACACCCUAGAAGCUCCUCCUUCUUUUUCCCAGUUGAUGAAAGAGGUGAGAGAAGAGGAAAACUGGAUUAGUGCCAGAGAAAGCGUGAGAACAACAGCCAAAGUGGCUACCCCUGUCAUUUCUGGUGCAUCUGCAAUGUCUGGAUUGGACAGUCUGAAAGAAGAGGUCAAAGAAUUAUCUUCUCAAGUGUCAAAACUGUUGAGCGUAGCUAAGGUGAUGUCUAGCUCUGAUACACCUGCGACGAAUGCAGGCUCUGAUGUUCGAGUGGCAGAAGCUGCUGCUCAGAGUGGCCUGCCACGAGACAGAGCUGUGAGACCUCAACCAGGCAUUUUCUGCUACAAGUGUGGCGAAGAUGGGCACACAAAGAGAGAGUGUCAGGGCUCGGAAGACUUGAGAAAAGUCAAUCAGAAGUUGCUGAAGAUGCAUAGGAGGCAGGGAAACUCAGCCGGAGGUCUGUGA